AUGCUGAUGAAAGAGUCCAACGUCGUGCACAUAUCUGCGCCCGUCACUGUUGUCGGCGACAUUCACGGCCAGUUCUUUGACAUGCUUGAAAUCUUCAAAAUUGGCGGGUUCUGCCCGGACACCAACUAUCUGUUCCUCGGCGACUAUGUCGACCGCGGUCUCUUUAGUGUCGAGACUAUCAGUCUGUUGGUGUGUCUGAAGCUGCGGUACCCCCAACGAGUACAUCUCAUCAGAGGCAACCAUGAGAGCAGGGGCGUCACGCAGAGCUACGGCUUCUACACAGAAUGUGCAAGGAAGUACGGCAACGCCAACGUGUGGCAUUACUUUACAGAUAUGUUCGACUACUUGACGCUGAGCGUGGUCAUCAAUGAUCAGAUCUUCUGUGUGCAUGGCGGGCUAAGUCCGAGCAUACAUUCGGUUGACCAGAUCAAGAUCAUCGAUCGCUUCCGAGAGAUACCACAUGAAGGGCCCAUGGCUGAUCUGGUCUGGUCAGAUCCAGAUCCAGAGAGGGACGAAUUUUCGCUCUCCCCGAGGGGCGCGGGAUAUACAUUUGGUGGUGAUGUGGUCAAGAAGUUCUUACAAGUGAACAAUAUGGGCCAUAUUCUGCGGGCGCAUCAACUGUGUCAGGAAGGAUACCAAAUAUUGUACGACGACCGGCUGAGCACUGUAUGGAGCGCACCAAACUACUGUUACAGAUGCGGCAACUUGGCCAGCGUCCUGGAAGUUAGUGAUCAAGGAGAGAGGUUCUUCAACAUUUUCGAUGCCGCGCCGGAGAACGAUGCGCACAGAAAUGAGCAGCAGCAACAGCAGCAAGCUCAGGCGCAAGGGAAAGACGGUGCCGGAACCACGAUUGAAUACUUCUUAUGA